CUCUUUGUGUGAUGUGUCUCCUUUAAUAAGGUCACACAACCCACUUUAAUAUCGUGGUUUAAUUCUCAUUAAAAAAAAAAAAAUUAACAAAAAAAAUAUAAAAAAAAUUAUAAAACUACAAAAAAAUCGAAAAAAUAAAUAGUUAAAAUCAUAAAAUAUUUAAAUAAAAAGUGCUCAAAAUGAAUCCAGGACCACCGAACUAUCCAAUGGCAUCACUAUAUGUUGGCGACUUACAUUCAGACAUCACCGAGGCCAUGCUGUUUGAAAAAUUCUCACCAGCUGGUCCCGUUUUAUCGAUACGUGUGUGUCGUGACAUGAUCACACGACGAUCGUUGGGCUACGCAUACGUUAACUUCCAACAACCAGCCGAUGCAGAACGUGCAUUGGACACGAUGAACUUUGAUCCAAUGAAAGGACGUCCCAUACGUAUCAUGUGGUCACAACGGGAUCCAUCGUUAAGAAAAUCUGGUGUUGGUAACGUAUUUAUUAAAAAUCUCGAUAAAGGUAUCGAUAAUAAGGCCAUGUACGAUACAUUCUCCGCGUUCGGAAAUAUACUUAGUUGUAAAGUUGCCCAAGAUGAGACUGGUCAAUCGAAAGGUUACGGUUUUGUACAUUUUGAAACGGAAGAAGCCGCAAAUAAAUCAAUUGAAAAAGUCAAUGGUAUGUUGUUAAAUGGGAAAAAAGUUUACGUUGGACGUUUUAUCUCACGAAAAGAACGUGAAAAGGAAUUAGGUGAAAAAGCAAAAUUAUUUACGAACGUGUAUGUGAAAAACUUUGGGGACGAGUUAACCGAAGAAAUGUUGAAGGAAAUGUUUGAAAAAUAUGGUACCAUCACCAGUUAUAAAAUUAUGAUCAGUGACAAAGAUGGAAAAUCACGUGGUUUUGGAUUCGUUGCGUUCGAAGAUGCUGAUGCAGCUGAACAAGCUGUUAUGGAACUUAAUGGAAAAGAAUUAACUGAAGGUAAACCGUUAUACGUUGGACGUGCCCAAAAGAAAGCUGAACGUCAAUUAGAACUUAAACGGCGUUUCGAACAAUUGAAAAUCGAACGAUUAAACCGUUAUCAAGGUGUUAAUUUAUAUGUGAAAAACUUGGAUGAUACAAUUGACGAUGAACGAUUACGUAAAGAGUUCAUGUUAUUCGGUACAAUAACAUCUGCCAAGGUGAUGUUGGAAGAAGGUCGCAGCAAAGGUUUUGGUUUUGUAUGUUUUUCAUCUCCAGAAGAAGCUACAAAAGCCGUUACCGAAAUGAAUGGACGUAUCGUUGGCACGAAACCAUUAUACGUAGCGUUAGCACAACGUAAAGAAGAUCGUAAAGCUCAUUUAGCUUCACAAUAUGUACAACGUAUGGCGAACAUUCGUAUGCAACAAAUGGGACAAAUGUUCCAACCAGGCGGAGCAGGAGGUUACUUCGUUCCAACAUUACCACAACCACAACGGUUCUAUGGACCAGCUCAAAUGACACAGAUUCGAGCCACACCACGAUGGACGCCACAGCCACAAGUUCGAGCCGGAGGUGCUCAAGCUGGAACCGCUGGAUAUCCAACAAUGGCUGGAUCAUUUAGACCAGCUGGACCAAGGAGUGCUGGCGCUCAAACAACCGCAAUGCGUGGUGCAAUUGCGGCUAGACCUAUUACUGGUCAACAAGGUGUUGGAAAUAUUCCUGGAAGACCUGUUGUUCAAGGUCCAGUGGUUUCAUCGAAUGCAGGACGUGCUGCCAACUACAAAUAUACUGCAAACAUGCGUAAUCCACCACAACAAAUUGGUAUGACUCCUGCACCUGCUGUACAACAAGCUGUCCACAUCCAAGGACAAGAACCGUUAACUGCUUCCAUGUUAGCUGCGGCUCCUCCACAAGAACAAAAACAAAUGUUAGGAGAACGUUUGUUCCCAUUGAUUCAACGUAUGUAUCCGGAAUUAGCUGGAAAAAUUACUGGAAUGUUGUUAGAAAUCGAUAAUUCCGAAUUAUUGCAUAUGUUGGAGCACAACGAAUCCCUUAAAGCGAAAGUCGAGGAAGCUGUUGCUGUACUUCAAGCUCAUCAAGCUAAACAAGCCGCUACUCAAGUCAAAAAAGAGUAAAGUUCCAAAAAAACAACUUCGUCAGCACUCUAGGCAAGCAAAUUAGUUAAGAAAAACACAAAAAAAAAUCAGCAAAUUAUUUUGAUUUCGAUAACCACAAAAAAAAAAAAAGCAUUUUUUUGAUUUUAAUUAAAAAUUUUUCUUGAAUUUUGGAUAGAUUUUCAAAAAUUAUUUUUCAAAUUUUCUUUUAUUUUUUUCUUAAAUUCACAGAGUUCAAUUUCUUCCCCGAUUUUCUAUCCAAAAAAGAAAUUUUCGGUUUAA